AUGAAGCUUGACACGAGUCAUAUGCGGUACUUGACCGCCGAUGAUUUCCGAGUUUUGCAAGCAGUUGAACAAGGUUCCAGAAAUCACGAAGUCGUUCCAACGCAGAUGAUUCACCAGAUCUCUGGAAUGAGAUCCAUUUCGGGGACCAACCAUGCUAUUGGAGAUUUGGCCAAGCUGAAAUUGGUUUCUAGGAUGAGAAAUAUCAAAUACGAUGGUUACAGAUUGACUUACAAUGGAAUCGACUUCCUUGGUUUAAAAGCGAUGUUGAGUCGAGAAACGAUCUAUUCAGUAGGGAACAUUAUUGGUGUCGGUAAGGAAUCAGACGUUUAUAGAGUGAGUGACAAAGCUGGAGCUACGAAAGUGUUGAAAAUCCACAGACUUGGCAGAACUUCGUUCCACACGGUCAAAACCAACAGAGACUACUUGAAGCGGAACCAAAGUGGUAACUGGAUGUAUUUAUCGAGACUCGCGGCUAACAAGGAAUACCAGUUCAUGGAGCUUCUGUAUACGAAGGGAUUUUCGGUUCCGGAACCUUUCGACUGCUCGCGGCACAUGGUUCUGAUGGGGUUGAUCAAAGGAUUCCCAAUGAGAAGAAUGAGAAAUCAUAAGAACGUGUCAAGGCUAUACAGCGAUCUUAUGAACUUCAUUGUGAAGCUUGCGAAUCACGGAUUAAUACACUGUGAUUUCAAUGAAUUCAAUAUCAUGAUUAAAGACGACGUCCAAGACUCUAGCGACUGUGGAUUUGUUGUCAUUGAUUUCCCACAGUGUAUUUCAAUUCAACACAAGGAGGCCGCCUUUUUCUUUCAAAGAGAUGUCGACUGUAUUCGUCGAUUUUUCAAAAAAAAGCUGAAAUAUGAACCUGCAUCUGAUACGUCCAUGUUAGAUACUGACGGUUAUGGAGAUGGUUAUAAACAUGCAUUCCCAGUCUUUGAGCGAGAUAUUGAACGUUGUGACAACUUGGAUGAGCUUGUCAUGGCCUCAGGUUUUAGUAAAAAGCAUCCUGGUGACAAACGAUGGGAAGAAGCUGCUGAAAUCAUGAGAGUAGAAGCUCAGAACACUUCCGACAUUGAUUCUGAGGAUGAAAACGAGAAUUAUUCUGCAGAUUCUUCCUCUGAAGAAUACUACUCCGAGGACGACGGCGAAGACGACGUUGAAUCCGAGGGCGACAGCGAGGAGGAAAAUGAGCGUAUCAUUGAAGCACUCUCCGGUGGGAUGCAAACUCUGAAAAUGGACAAGCUAGGUAAUUACAUAUUAGAAGACUAA